AUGACUGAUAUCGUAUCCGAGAACCAGGCUUACUUUGGCAAGAUUGCCAGCCAGUACGACAAACGCAAUGCCGACGCGAUCGUGCAUCUAGAGCGCCGUAUCCAAGAGAGGAUUCCGAUGAUUGGCUUCAAGCAAGGAGGCAGAUUGCUGGACUACGCGUGUGGUACUGGCAUGUUAUCAAGGGUGUUGGCACAGCAUAUAAAUGAGGCUAUUGGCAUUGACCUUUCUGAGGAUAUGGUUGGUGUGUAUAACGCUCAAGCUCAAGAUCAAGGCUCGUCUCGACAAGCCUAUCAGGGCAACUUGGCUGAUCCUACAGAUGCCUCUCCUGCACCCUUCGCAGACGCCAAAUUCUUCGGCUUUGACGUUGCAGGCGUAGGACUUGGAUUUCAUCACUUUGAUAAGCCCGAUCUGGCAUCCAAAAGACUGGCUGAACGUCUCAAGCCUGGAGGUGUACUCUUCGUCAUAGAUUUUGUCGCUCACAAGAUAGAUCCCGAAGAUGCUGCAAAGCGUGGUAUCGCACACCAUGGCUUCUCGGAGGAACAGAUCAAGAAUAUGUUUGAUGACGCUGGUCUUACGGACUUUGUUUACCAAGAGCUUCCGGAGCCCAUUACGUUUAACGACCCGAUGGGCCACGGACAUGGACAUGGACAUGGUCACGGAUCUGGUACUGGACAUAAUGGCGAUCAAAUGGGUGAUAAACAUGAGCAUACAAAAGGGCAUGGUCAUGGGCAUGGGCAGAACAAGAGUCAUUCUAUGACCAAACAAGUAUUUAUCGCUAGGGCAUCAAAGCUCCAAUGA